AUGAGCGCAGUGCAGGAUAACGGGAAAACCAUAUUAACCAACAACAACAAUAUCAAAACGAAGAAGCGGAUCCAACGCAAACGUGUACCGGAGGAGGGCAAACAAGAAGCUCAGGAGGAUGUUCUGAUGACCGGAGCAACGGGUUACUCCAAGAGCUGGUCGGUGAUUCAGCGCGCCGUCGACACGCUGAUGACCGAGUCCACGAUACCGGUGCCACACUCGACGAUCAAGAACCGGGAGCCGAGACACAUGCCGAAACGUCGCAUCCUGGUCAGCUUGUACCGCGACGUGCUCCUCAACAAUCUGAUCUUGAAGACCCAGAAGUUCCAGAUGGAGUGAGUUUUAUUUUUUUCCUUGCAGAACCUCAAGUAGGCAAGCAACAACUCCUUUUUAUCGAUCACUAUGAGAGUUGAGUUGCCCCCCCCCCCAUAAGGAGAAGUGGUUGUAUGUAAGAUUUGCUCCGUCAAUGGUCCUUUCACGCACGUACACUUUGCAAAAUUUUGCUUUGAAAAGGCUUUCGUGCAAAGAGGGGUCUCACUUCGCUUUCGGCAAAAGCGUAUUAGUGGCUGAGCGCCGAAUACGGGGCGGGAAACCGAAAUAUUUGUUCAGUAAUUGUAUCUUCUCGAGAAAUGACUUCUUCUUCUUCUUCUUCUCUCCCUUCUUGGCGUCCCCGGAGCCGAAAACAGUAGAUCACUUUACUUAGUCGUAAACAAUACGUAGGCGUGUGACAAUCUGACGUUUCUUGCUCUUUUUCUGCUCUCAAUUCGCAAAAUCUUGAACAGAAUAACAAUCCUACACAAAUCACUGACGUAAAAGUCCAAUGGUCAGAGAGGGGGAGCUCAAAAUAGAAAUACCACAAGUCCCAAGGCGAUCAAUUAGAGUUUAUUUUUCAGAUACGAAGCUGAAGGUGCUCCGUUCACGCGUCAGGUGAUCAUCGACUAUCCGACGGAGCGUCAGAAACCGCGCAAAGAACGUCACUACGAGUUCUGGCCGUUCUUCGAGCAACUUCCAGAGCUCGAGGAGGAGGCCGAGCCGGUUGCUCCGGAGGACAUCAAGGAGGAGGAGAUCCACGACACCCUCGGGUUCACUGCGGACUCUUCGAUCGAGUUGGCCGAGGAGUGCAAGGAGAACUCGCAGUUUUUGCCGGCUCCGUUGAGCGAGGAGAUCACCAAGGAGAUCGGAGACCUCUUUGCUCCGAAAAAGUCGAAGCCGAGCGCCGGUUUCAUGGAGAAGUACAUGAAGAAGGGUCCGUUUGCGAGAAUCUUCUGA